UCCAGAGGCAAACAAUCUGGACACAUACUGUUGCCCACUCAACGUCCCCUCGACCUACACCCCCCUGUCCAUGGAAUUGUACCACAGAAACAGGCCUCGGACAAGUGAUCUUGUGACGAUCCUCAAGCGAUCAGUUUACCAGAGACUCGUCUCGUGAACAGAUCAACAUUUCAGACCAUUCAAAAGCCAAUAUUGCAAUUUUUUCUGCUAACUUGUUCUUUUUUCUGACCAAUUAAAGUCAAUUGAUUCAAUUUGGAAUGCCGGUGGAUAUUAAAAGGGUGCUCGUGUGUGAUGCUGUGGAUGAGGCUUGUGUGAAUCUCCUCAAAGAAAAUGGAAUUGAAGUCACGUACAAAUUGAAGCUGCCGAAGGAAGAGCUUUGCAAAGAAGUAAAGCACUUCGAUGCGCUAAUUGUGAGGUCAGACACUAAAGUGACACGGGAGGUUCUGGAGGCCGGAAGUGGAAGCCUCAAAGCCGUAGGACGUGCUGGAGCCGGUGUCGACAAUAUCGACAUUGAAGCUGCCACCAAGCAUGGCGUCAUCGUGCUCAAUACACCUGGUGGGAAUUCAAUCUCAGCAUGUGAGCUCACGUGUGUGCUCCUGGCCUCUCUGGCGCGCCCUGUCACUCUGGCGGCCCAGAGUAUGAAAGAGGGUCGGUGGGACAGGAAGAUUUAUGCUGGAACUGAGCUGUAUGGCAAAACCCUGGCCAUACUGGGCCUAGGUCGUAUUGGACGCGAAGUGGCUGUAAGAAUGAAGGCUUGGGGCAUGCGAUGCAUCGGCUUUGAUCCCAUCACGACUCACGAAGAGGCCAAAGCUGCAGGUGUUGAGAAAAUGGAACUAGAGGAUAUCUGGCCCCUUGCUGACUACAUUACAGUACACACUCCUUUGAUUCCCUCUACAAGAAAUUUGGUGUCGCAGGGAACACUGGCUAAAUGCAGGAAGGGUGUUAAGGUUGUGAAUGUGGCUCGUGGAGGCAUCAUCGAUGAGGUUGCACUUUUGGCAGCUCUCGAGAGUGGACAAUGCGGCGGGGCUGCAUUGGAUGUUUUCCCCGAAGAGCCCCCAAAAUCAGAUGUCACUAAAGCCUUGAUUCAGCAUCCAAAAGUCGUGGCAACACCGCAUCUCGGUGCCAGCACAGCUGAGGCUCAGGUGCGAGUAGCCGUGGAGGUUGCUGAACAAUUUAUUGCCCUCACGGGACGUUCGGCGGUCUUCACGACAUACCCUGGUGUCGUGAAUCGCGAGGUCCUCAAGACGGCCUUUUGAGGAUAUGACGCAACUUGGCUGAGUAAAAUGAUGGAUUGCAGCUCUGACACCUUUUGUGUAACAUUAUCCUACCAAUUUCUCAGCUUAUAUUUCCUUACAAUGCCAUUAAAUUAGCUUCCUCCGCAA